UUCCAUUGAGAAGAUAACAGUUUAUACUUCACACUGCACUACAUUUCUAGUUAAUUCCAUUGGUUGCCUUCGAUCUUUCUUCUUCUUCCCAUGAUUUCUUGCCCAAAAUGUUGGCCUCUGCAAUUUCAACGCCCACCAAUUUCAACUUCCCCCUUUCCUAUCCUAAGCGCACACUCUCAAUCACUCCCAUGAAGCUUUUUCCAGUUGUUGGCGCUAUGGGAAUUCUUAAACCCACAGACCUAUCCUUCUUUCUCUAUCAUCUACGUUUCUCCUCAGAUUCUCUCUCGAAACGCGUUGUUUUUAGGAGGGUUAGCAGUGAUGGGGGUGGUGCUGUUGAUUCUACACAGCAGCAGUCUGCAGCUCCUGGCAUCAAUGAUGUACAGAAUGAUUCUUCUAGCGUUGGACACAGUUAUGUGGCAUUAUUUGUCCGGAUGCUCGGCUUAGAUCAUGAUCCUCUCGAUAGAGAACAAGCAAUCAUAGCUUUAUGGAAAUAUUCCCUUGGAGGGAAGAAGCACAUAGAUGCCAUCAUGCAGUUUCCUGGAUGCAUAAAUCUAACGGUAAAUCUUCUUAGGUCAGAGUCUCUCUCUACGUGUGAAGCAGCUGCUGGCCUUCUACGGUCAAUUUCUCUGGUGAACUUAUAUCGAGAUUCAGUUGCAGAAAGUGGAGCAAUUGAAGAGAUAACUGGCUUGCUUAGUCAACCGUCCUUGACUCCCGAGGUGAAGGAGCAAAGCAUCUGCGUUUUGUGGAAUUUGUCAGUAGAUGAAAAACUCAGAACUAAGAUUGCAAACCCUGAUAUUCUGCCAUUGCUUAGUAAAAAUCUUGAUGAUGAAGAUAUGAAGGUGAAGGAAGCAGCUGGAGGGGUUUUAGCAAAUCUGGCUUUGAGCCCAUGUAACCGUGGGGUUAUUGUCGAAGCAGGCUUAAUUCCCAAACUGGCAUAUCAGUUAAAAGCUGAGGCAGACAGCUCAAAAAUUUUGAGAAAGGAAGCAAGAAAUGCGUUGCUUGAACUUUCUAAAGAUGAAUAUUAUAGAAUUCUUGUCAUAGAGGAAGGACUAGUUCCAGUACCAAUUCUUGGUGCUGCUGCCUAUAAAUCCUUCAGACCAGGCUUGCAUUCAUGGCCCAGCUUGCCUGAUGGCACAGAAAUUGAACAAUCAUCCAAAGAACCUUCAAGAUUUGGUGCCUCUGAAUUACUCCUUGGGUUAAAUGUCGAUAAUAAUGCAAAGAUAGAAGAAGGCAAGAUAAAUGCAAUUGUUGGACGGACACAGCAACAGUUUCUGGCUCGAAUAGGUGCCAUAGAAUUUGAAGAUCUGAAGGACUCUCAAUCUGAAUCAUCUACCAGUAACCAUCUUACACUCUUACCUUGGAUAGAUGGUGUGGCUCGACUAGUUUUGAUCCUUGAACUUGAGGAUGAUAAUGCCAUAGUGAGAGCUGCAGAGUCAAUCGCUGAUGCAUCUAUCAAUGAACACAUGCGUAUUUCAUUCAAGGAAGCUGGAGCAAUCAAACAUUUAGUCAAGUUUUUAGAUUAUAUGAAUAAUUCUGUCAAAUGGGCUGCAGUUCAAGCUCUAGAGAGACUGUCAAUUAGCAAUGUUGUUUGCCAGACAAUUGAAAAUGAUGGUGCACUUGGUCCGUUGCUCAGUAUUUUAAAGCUCUCAAGUAUCCAUGAAAAUGUGAUGGAGAAGACCCUCGAUAUACUUUCUCGGAUCUUGGACCCCAGUAAAGAAAUGAAAUCAAAGUUUUACAGCGGACCGGUAAACGGGUCACAAGGGGGACAACAUUCAGAAAGGAAUUUUGAAGCUUCUACCAGGAAAGAUGUGCUGGAUGUUGCUGUUGUUUCUCGCCUAGUUGAGAUUUUUAACACCUCAUCCCCAAACUUGAAACGGAAAGCUGCUUCUAUCCUGGAAUUUGUUUCUAUUAUGGACCCAAGCAUGGAAAUAAUUGAUUCUAUGGAGAUGGAGUCUGGAUUGUCGGCUGUUUUCCAGCUUGGAGUUUCAAUAGAUUCUGAUGCUGAAGAUUGGCAGCCUGAGAGAUAUGCCCUUGAAGUUGAGGAAGCUGGCCUUGCAAUUUCAGCAGCCUCCCGACUUUUAACCAAGCUUCUGGAUUCUGAAAAGUUCUGCAAUAAAAUAAACUCCACCCAUUUCACUAAGUUGCUUCGUCGAAUCCUGAAGUCGGACAUUCCCAUUAACCACAAAGAUUGGAUUGCUGCUUGCCUAACCAAAGUCAGCUCCGUUUCAGCUCUGAACAUGGACUCUGGAGAUCCUAUCAACAUGGAGGUCACUCUGUACGAAACCAUACCCAGGCUUAUUCAACAGAUCAAAAGCUCCUUCUCCAUGGAAGUUCAGGAAUCUGCUGUUGUGGAGCUGAACAGAAUAGUCUCAGCGGGAAUAGUCGAUGCUACCCGAGCUGUUGCUUCAAAAGGUGGUAUCUUUCCAUUGGUAAAGCUGAUUGAUGAAGGAAGUGAGAGAGCAACAGAAGCAGCUUUAGCUAUACUGUAUAAUCUGAGCAUGGACGCUGAAAAUCAUCCAGCAAUUAUAGCUGCUGGAGCCGUGCCAGCGCUGAGGAAAAUUGUUCUAUCGCAACGAGUGCAGUGGCGACAAGCUCUUUAUUUGUUAAGGACGUUGCCUACAUGACAAAAGGUAUGCAAUAAGAACUAUAUAGAAUUAUACUGGAAAAUUCAAAAUUUUGUAGUUUUUGUAUCAAUAUCAGUGACUUUAGCCCCAUGCUAAACAACGUGAAAAUUAAUAGAGCAGUGAGCUUUGUACAACAUCUCUUUUUUUAUCUGAACUGUUCAUGUUUAUCCAGACAAUUCUGGAAUCAGGAAAAAGAGAUACUCUCAAUAUUAAUCUUAUCAGUUCUCUGUAGAUCCUUUAAUAUCA